GUGUCGGCGCGGACUUCUCGCGGAACCCUGUCGCGAGCUUAAGCAGAUCCCGCGCUUGCGCGCUGCAGCGGUGGCCAGAGGCGCGGCGGGCGCGAGAAGGGGGACCUAACCAGUGUGGAGGCUGGUGUGGCCUCAAGCCCUCCGCCGCCAUGAGCGGGACCUUAGCGAAGAUCGCGGAGAUCGAAGCCGAGAUGGCUCGGACUCAGAAGAACAAAGCCACAGCUCAUCACCUUGGCCUGCUUAAGGCUCGCCUUGCUAAACUUCGAAGAGAACUCAUCACUCCUAAAGGUGGCGGCGGCGGGGGGCCAGGAGAAGGUUUUGAUGUGGCCAAGACAGGUGAUGCUCGAAUUGGGUUUGUGGGUUUUCCAUCUGUGGGGAAAUCAACUCUGCUAAGUAACUUAGCAGGAGUGUAUUCUGAAGUGGCAGCCUAUGAAUUCACUACAUUGACCACAGUGCCUGGUGUCAUCAGAUAUAAAGGUGCCAAGAUCCAGCUCCUGGAUCUCCCGGGUAUUAUUGAAGGUGCCAAGGAUGGGAAAGGUAGAGGUCGUCAAGUCAUUGCAGUGGCCCGAACGUGUAAUUUGAUCUUGAUUGUUCUGGAUGUCCUAAAACCCUUGGGACAUAAGAAGAUAAUUGAAAAUGAGUUGGAAGGCUUUGGGAUUCGCUUGAACAGCAAACCCCCCAACAUUGGCUUUAAGAAGAAAGACAAGGGAGGCAUUAAUCUCACAGCCACUUGUCCUCAGAGUGAACUGGAUGCUGAAACAGUGAAGAGCAUUCUGGCUGAAUAUAAGAUUCAUAAUGCUGAUGUGACUUUGCGUAGUGAUGCCACAGCUGAUGACCUCAUUGACGUGGUCGAAGGAAACAGAGUUUAUAUUCCCUGUAUCUAUGUAUUAAAUAAGAUUGAUCAGAUCUCCAUUGAGGAGUUGGAUAUUAUCUAUAAGGUGCCUCACUGUGUACCCAUCUCUGCUCAUCACCGCUGGAAUUUUGAUGACCUUUUGGAGAAAAUCUGGGACUAUCUGAAACUAGUGAGAAUUUACACCAAACCGAAAGGCCAGUUACCAGAUUACACAUCUCCAGUAGUACUGCCUUAUUCUAGGACUACGGUGGAAGAUUUCUGCAUGAAGAUUCACAAAAAUCUCAUCAAAGAAUUUAAAUACGCUUUGGUCUGGGGUCUGUCUGUGAAACAUAAUCCUCAGAAAGUGGGUAAAGACCAUACAUUGGAAGAUGAAGACGUCAUUCAGAUUGUGAAGAAGUGAAGGCCUCCUCCCAUGUGCUGGCUGGCCGCAGCAGUGCUCCUGCUAAGCCCCUUCCUCAGCCCCUCUGUCCUUGGCAGCCUCUGGAUUGGGGUACAGGGGUUGAUAUGGAGACUUCCCAACUGAAACAUCACUUUUGUUUUUCUUUCUGAAGAUGGGGUCUUAUGUGUUUCAGGCUGGCUUUGAACUCUUUGCAGCUGAGGCUGGCCUAGAAUUCCUUUCAUCAGCCUCCAUCUCUGAAGUGCUGGGCUUACCACUGUGUACCUUUAACUCCUUAGCAACGUCACUUUCCCUACUUUGGUGUUACUUCUAUUGAACUGUAUAAAGAACCUGGUGGGCCCCUUG